UUUAUUUUCUAUAACUUCAAUUAAUAUUGAUAACUUUCAAUAUUGUAUUACUAAAGCUGUUAUAAAUCCAUUAAAAUUUGAAGAUACAUUUUGGAAUUUAAAAGAUAAAAAUGGAGAAGCCAUAAGACAAAUGUUUAUAAACAACCAAUUUUAG